GCGCUAGUGCGCACGCGCGCCCGGACUUGGCUGAGCGCGGUGCCGCAGGCCCAGCCCCGGCAGUUGAGCUGGUGGCGCGAGUCCUGCAAAGAGCCAUUAAUCGAGAAGGCCUGAAAGAGAGGAGUGACUGUUGGGUCUGUGGGCAAGAUGGAGACUCCACAGCCGGUCGUAAACCGUCGGCCCUUCUGCUGCACUCUGAAAUGCUUUGUGAAGUUCCUGCGGUUGGUGGUAACUGUGGCAUCUAUGAUCUUUUUCAUCGUGGGACAAGCCCCUGAACCAUAUAUCGUCAUCACUGGGUUUGAAGUCACCAUUAUUUUCUGUUUCCUAGUCUUAUACACGUGUGGACUUGACAAGAUAAUGAGAUCUUUCUUUUGGCCUUUGCUUGAUGUUAUCAACUCAAUGGUAACAGCAUUAUGCAUGCUCAUUGUGUCUGUGUUGGCUCUAAUACCAGAAACCUCAACAAAGACAAUCCUUGGAGGGGUGUUUGGUUUCCUGACAGUAACAUGUACUAUUGCCGACUGUGCCCUUAUGUGCCAGAAACUUCGGUUUCAUCCACGUCACUCUUAUAAGGAAAAGUCUACUGAUGUCAUAGGUGACAGAGGAUAAUUUUAUACUUAUUUUUUACUAGUUAUUAAACUAAUUCUUUAUACAUCCA